AUGGCAGCUUCCGCACCCCGCCAGAAACCUGCUCCAGCUCCGUCGAAUCCGGUCCUUCUCGCGGCUCAGGCACAAUGGCUCUUCACCAAUGAAGAGCUUACGCGCGCUCCGUCGCAACUUGACGGUAUGAAGAUGGAGCAAGAGAAUGUCAGCCGGAGCAAAGGAGUUUCUUUUAUCACCCAGGUGGGUAUCAUGUUGAAGUUGCCACAGCUUACGCUCGCGACCGCCGCGGUUUACUUCCACCGUUUCUUCAUGCGAUAUAGUAUGGUCGAUUUACCGCAACGACCAGGGAUGCAUCCUUACCCAAUCGCCGCUACCUCAUUGUUCCUGGCUACAAAAGUGGAGGAGAAUGUUCGGCGAAUGAGGGAACUAGUGGUAGCGUGCUGUCGAGUCGCACAGAAACAACCUAAUCUCGUUGUGGAUGAGCAGUCAAAGGAGUUUUGGAAGUGGCGCGAUACUAUUCUUCACCACGAGGAUCUUUUGCUCGAAGCGCUAUGUUUUGAUCUACAGCUUGAGCAGCCGUACCGAGUACUUUACGAUUUCCUCUGCUAUUUCCGGGUCAAUGAAGACAAGAAUCUCCGCAACGCCGCCUGGGCUUUUAUCAAUGACUCGAUGUUUACCGUCCUGUGCCUUCAAUUCUCCGCCCGCGUUAUUGCUGCCGCCGCUCUCUACGCCGCCGCACGCCAUUGUGACAUUGCUUUUGAAGAUAACAGCUCUGGCCAAUCUUGGUGGGAACAAAUCGACGUCGACUUGUCCGAGGUGCGUCGUGCAUGCACUAGAAUGGCGGAGUUAUACGAAAACAACGCAGCAAACAAACAUAGCCAGUACUACCCGACCACUCCAUUCCUCUGGGACGAAGGCGUUGAGAAGACCAGGAUCCCAAACUCCGGCACCUCGCUCGAAGCACCAGACGCGCCAUCCAGGAAACGAUCACGGGAGCCUGACGGUGAAUCUCAAGAACGCCACAAUACGCAACACGCAUCAUCCUCACAAGUUGAUGAAGCCUCACAAAACGGGACACGGUCCCCAAAACGCCCACGAGUAGGUUCCGACGCAGAGAAAACUCGCUCUGCCGCAACGUCGUUCACCUCUUCUUCUACAUUACCGCAUGGCGGAGUUCCAGCGCCUCCAUCAGCCUCACCACCACCAUCAUUGGCCCACGACCGCCCUCAAAACGGCAACCAUGCGCAUUCUCACCAACAUCAACCCCAUCGCUAUCAACAUCCGUUACCACCUACUCCGAGAACCACAUUCCCACCUCGCAGGAAUAGCGAUAAAAACGUCGACCCAAUCCAACAACGCAUCGACCAAAUAGUCCAGCAAAACUCGGCUUCACCUCCAAAACACAAUAAACGUAUCCCGGACAGUCGGUAUCGCGAAGACGAGCACGCUCAUGGCAGACGAAACUCCUCAUUUUCGUCAGCUACAAGAAAUGAUCACCCACCACCCCCACCAGAGCAUAAUCAGCCUCCGCCACCACCGCCUCCGGAACCAGAGCCUGAUGAUGAAGGAGGCGGUAGCGAGGAAGGUGAAUUAUAG